AGAGGAAGAGGAGUGGCAGGGAGGGGAAAUGUUGAACAAUGACUUUAUUAACAAUGAUGCCCGACACAUGCAACACCAGGACUUAACUUUUUCGCUCCAACUCAGGAUAUACUGUAAAAGUUUUCCCACUUUGGAUUUCAGUCUUUUCAAACUCCUUUUCUUUUCUUUUUUUACUGUGUGUAUUUUGUCUCAUCCAAAUGGAAGUUUGCUAACAAGCGUCAAGCAUGUUAAUCCCAAAGAUCGAAGCCAAGGAGGCCUGCGAUUGGCUACGAGCGGCCGGCUUCCCUCAGUACACGCAGUUGUACAAAGACUGCAGGUUCCCAAUCGACGUGGAGCUCGCGAAGAAGGAUCACUACUUCCUUGAUAAGGAUGCUCUGGAUUCCCUCUGCAGGCGACUGAUCACAUUGAACAAAUGUGCAGAGAUGAGGUUCGACCUGCCAAAAGCCAAACAUCAAGGCGAUGAAGACUUAAUCGAGGACGAUUUCUGCGCCAUCAGCCCCAGGUGGAUCCACGACAGGCGGAUGCAACAAUGGCGGCGCCUGGACUCCUCUACGGACCUUCUGCACUUAUCCGACACCUUAAACUCCCCUCAGGACGUGUCUUUGUGUGACCACCGGAAUGGCCGAGACCACCAUGACAUCUGCUCCAUCCGCAGUUCAAGUAGCACUGACAGCGAAGGUCAAAACCAGAAGAGUCAGAGAGAAAAUGUCGACCCUAACAGAAGCGCCACGGAUGAUCAGACUACCAGCCGGAGCUCGUCACGCUGCUCCUCCUCCAACAAGACUCCGUCCCUGGACAUCUCGUUCAGCGGACCCCCAUCCCCUGGAGGCGAAAGCGGUGGAGGAUCGUCCACCAUGAGUCUGGAAACCUACGUCAUUGAUAAACCGCCCCGCAAGAAGGGGACCAGCCUUCUGAAGAAGAUGGAGAAACUGAGGUUGAAAGGGACAACGGGCCUCCUCUCUGCACCAAGGAACCAUGCAAGUCUGGCUGGGGUGGUCCGAGGCCCUGCGGGGGAAAGGGGCCCCUCGAGCUGUGCAUCUUCAUCGCCCUCGUCCCCACAUGCCAUGAGCAGCAGCAGCAGCAACAGCCACUCGGAGAGCAGCAGCGCGGUCAGCACGCCGAGCCCAGUCACACGGGUGCGGAGUAACUGCAAACGCACCGAAACGGGCGAGGGAGUGACCCUGCACAAUAACAACCACACAGGCACCAUGGACUACACGGACCAGAUCAACAACAACAACAACAACAACAUCAGCCACGACAGCUUACUCUUUCACAUCCCCCAUGGCCACAAACCGGGCACCUUUCCCACCUCCCUCGCCCACAAAAACGCCCUCUUGUCCCCCAUCAUGGACCAGUCCUCCGUCAACUGGCGGACGGGCAGCUUCCACGGUUACCAGGGGCGACGCAGUGGCCGCCGAGGCGCGUCGUCACUCGCGGCCUCGCCGAGCCCGCCGGACCACCGCCUGAGCAUCUACGAUAAUGUGCUGGACGACCAGCAACUGUCUGAAGGCGAAGGUGGCAGCGGGGGCAGUGUUAGCGAUGCGGAGAGGAUGGGAGAUGAGGUAACUCGACUGUUGGGUGGCGAGGACGUUUUCUCGGCUCUGGAUACAGUUUUGGAAAGGAUCAACGACCUGCAGCGACUGGUGUCCACCUGGACCGAGAGUCUAUCCGAAGACGACAGUCAGCGAGAUUCCUCCUCCGCCUCUUCUUCGACGUCCUCCUGCUCCCACGACUCCCCUGCCAACGGUUCCGCCGCCGCCUCUCCCUGCCCUUCCUCCCCUGCCCACAUCCACCUGGAGGUGCAGCAUUCAGAGGAAGAGGAGGAGGAGGAGGACGUGGGGGAGGAAAGCUGUGAGAAGUCCUCGGUGAGCGAAGACGAGUCCAAGACCAGAUCGCCGCAAGACAACAGCAGCCGAGUGAGCCAGCAUCUGCACUGGUCCAGUGAGCAGAGCCUGCCCUCCCUGCCAGCCAGUCCGGGUGUGGAGAACCAGUCCGUCUCCCAGUUCGCGCUCCUUCAGAAGUUGGCCCUGCUCAAACUCACCGCCCUGAUGGACAAACACUCGCCAUCCAGCAAGCAAGGCUGGAACUGGUGCGUUCCGAAGCCGUCGGUGCGGAAGGGCAAGACGUCGCCAGUCAAGGCCAGACGGGUUUUCGGCCUUCCUCUUCUAGACAACGUGCAGCGGACCGGAGAGCCGCUCCCUCCCGCCGUCCUCAAGGCGCUCGUUUACCUCAGGACGCAAUGUCUGGACCAAGUGGGUCUUUUCCGGAAGUCGGGCUCGAAGUCUCGAAUCCAGUACCUGCGCGAGAUGCUGGAGUCCGACCCCGACGGCGUCUCGUACGACGGUCAGUCGGCUUUCGACGUGGCCGACUUGGUGAAGCAGUACUUCCGGGACCUGCCCGAGCCCGUCUUCACCUUCAACAUGUGCGAGUCCUUCCUCCACAUUUACCAAUAUUUCCCCAAAGAUCAACAGUUGCUGGCGGCCCAGGCGGCCAUCUUGCUGCUGCCCGACGAGAACCGCGAGGCGCUGCGCACGCUGCUCUUCUUCCUGCGCGACGUGGUGGCGAGCGUGGCCGAGAACCAGAUGACGCCCACCAACGUCGCCGUGUGCCUCGCGCCGUCGCUCUUCCACCUCAACGCCGGCGCCGCCAGAUCGAGUCACAGAAAGUACAGUUUGGGCCGCCCGGACCAGCGCGACCUAAGCGAGAACCUGGCCGCCACGCAGGGCCUGGCUGACAUGAUCACGGAAGCUCAGAGACUUUUUGAGAUUCCGGAGUUUUGGCCGGCUUUGAGCCCGAGCUUUGCGGCUCCGACCGAGGAGCCGACCGGGGAAGAGCUGGAGGAGAAGCGGAGGAAACUCCAGCGGAGUACGCAGCUCCUCCUCAAGGAAGCCAGGGAGAAAAGCCGAGGCUGGGAGAGCCAUCCUGCUCCCGAGCACGUGUCGCUGGCUGUCAAGAAGACGUGGGACGGCUGCCCGCUGUGGACGUGGCGCGGCUCGGUGGAGGUGGACGCCGCCCAGGAGGCUUUGCUCCACCGGCUCCUCGGGGAGCAGCGGCUGUGGGAUCGCGGCGUGCAGCAGGCCGCCGUCAUCCAGACCUUGCCCGAGCACGCCCACGUCUACCGUUACCUCCUCCGGGGCCGCGACGCCGGCCUGGCCUCCUGCCUGCCCCGGGAGCACCUGCUGCUCAGAACGUGGCAGUCGGACGCGUCCGUCGGCCCGCUGUACGUGUCGUCCGUGUCCACGCAGCACCCCGAGGUGCCACCGGAGGGCGUCAGAGUGCAGACGCACGCUUGCCUCUACCUGCUGGAGCCCACGGCGGCAAGCAAGACACGCCUGACGCACUUGUGUCGAAUUGACACCAGGGGGCGCUCUCUGGCGUGGCACCGCAAAGUCAGCGGACAUCGCAUGGUCGCCGCUCUGCUGGCCAUCAAAGCGUCCUUCCGAGGCCAGCACAAAGAGACCAGUAUAUGAGGACGCUUGUCGGCCAAUUGGAGGGAAGCGGUUUUUCAAAAAGGUCUUCACACCCCCCAAAACUGCACAACUUAUUCAAAAGACUCACGGGGACCUGUCAUGAGCUUCCUGACAUUAUUUGCGAUGGGAGUUUUCACUUCCCCCGAUGAGGCUGAAAUUCACAAGAAAAGCGACAAAAGGAGAGACGACAAUUGUGCGGUCGUGGCGGAACGCAAACACAGGAAGUCGGGACGAGGACAAGAGCGGGAAGUCAACGGGGCAGGACCCGGAUCGAACAACAGCGACAUCUACCUCUCCACUUCCAGCUGAGAAUUAUGAGGAGAAAUUUGUCUGAAAAUUAUUUACACAAACAUAUCCACGAUUUUUACACAUGGUUUUCAAAUCCCAAAAUAUAUCUGCAUUUUCCCGCUAGCUCUCAAUCAGCUAUUUUAUAGUCUAUAUCACAGGUGUCAAACAGGUGGCCCGGGGCCCAGAUCCGGCCCACCACGUCAUUUUAAUUUACACUCCUGGUCUAUAUGCGCUCAAUGGAGACAGCAAUACCGCCGCCUAGCGGCUGAGAACGUGUGAAUAGCUUCAAAACUGCGUGACCUUUGUCUAAAAAAAAUAACCACAAACACAACAUUGAAAAAAAAAAUAAAAAAUGUAAAUCACACACAUUUGUGGAUCUAAAAAACGUGUAAAUAAUUUUGAGACAAAUCUCUCCCCAAAGACAAUUGACACUGACCCGAGUCGUCCGCCUGUCGGCGCUCCUCGUGGGAUGCGGCUCGAGAAGUGCGCCAGAAAAUGAAUCAAACCUUAUUUAAUGUAACUGAAAGUGGUAUUUAAGAUUUGCAGUGUGUAAGGGUGUAAGUGAUCAGAGCCACGAGUCUGAUUAAAGUUUUAUUUCUCUCUGAGAACCUGCGUCUUGUCUUUUUAAAAGGGAAAAUGCAGCAAAAUUGA